AUUUGAAACGAUGUGCAAAGGGUAAAAAUAACAUAAUGUCCGGCGAGUGAUAUGUUAAAAGGGCAAAGGUCAACGCAUUUUAAUACCAUAUGAUUGUUUUAUGGUCAAUAGCUCAGUUUAAUAGCAACAGAAAUAGACCAGACAACUACCUAAUGGCAUGUGUUUAAUCAAGAGGAAUUUAUUUGAAUCAACUCGUGAAGAAGAAAACAGCGCCAGACAAACAGCUGUGGAACCAAACCAGCCGCAUAAAUAUCCAUUGGACACACAAGACGAAAGUGUGAAUUUGCAAUUUAAAUGGUCGAAAUGUCGCGCCAAUAUAAAUCAAUAGAAUUGCCCAGGCUCAGACAUGACCAUUUCUCUGCUGGAAAUAAACAAUAGACUAAACAAAUUGCUUAAGUGGUAUCUAAAUACGCAUAUCGAUAUGAAUAAUGGAGCCAGCCUUGCGUCGCAGCUGUGCAACAAUUUUUCUUUUGUCUAUAUUUGAAAAAGCAAAAUAGCUGAAAAAAGCCUCAUCUACAUUAAAGACGAACCGAGUCCAGCCCCAGGAACUCGAAAAACUCUUUUACACUGCAGAGCAAAUUUAACACAUGCGACUGAGACCAAUUCGUAUUAAAAUACAAUGUUCCAGCACUAAAGAGCGUUACUUAAUUAAAAAGCUGCGCUGUAUAUCGUUUCAUGGAUAAAUAAAAAUGUAGGCAACACAAUACUUACUUCAAGCUUUCAAUAUGAGAGCAUAUCUAAAUUAUUUGAUGUGCUUACUAGUUCUACACAGAGCAGAUUCUUAUGGGAUAUUGGAGGAUGUUGCCAUGUCCGUGGCGAGCUUAGACAGCUUAAUACAUGCCCAAAGCCUAUUUAUAGGAGAGCUCUACGACUAUACCGUGGAUUUGCAGUCAACCAUUUACACAAUGGAGAGAUGCUUGUUGGAAAUGAGCGCAAAGAUCCAACAGUGGAGGGCUGAUCCCGAGGCAUAUCUAGCCAAUCCCUUGAACAGUUUUGCGCUGGUACGGCGCCUCCAUGAGGAUUGGAGUUACAUUGAGGCGUAUAUGCAACAGCCAGUAGGUUCGGAGUAUGCUGACAAUGUGUAUGGGCUAUUUGAGGACUAUGCGCCCACAGCCACAGACCUGGAGGAUGCCAUGAAGGCCAUGAUACGAAUACAAGACUGCUAUGACCUGGAGGCGGCGCAGCUGGCCAAUGGGCUGAUUGAUGGCAAGCAAUACGAUGCACAGCUAAAUGCUCUUGACUGCUUUGCUUUGGCCGAGUUUUGCAAGGAGACGCCACUUUUAAGCAAUGCUGUGGCCUGGCACAAGGAAGCUCUUGAUAGGUAUAACUAUAGUCAAGAUAACGAUCUAUAUGAUUCAGUUUAUCAACUAACAGUGAAUGAUUUUUAUGGAAAAUAUGCCAACAAGCUUGCCGAAUACAAUAAUAAUAAGGAGGCUUUGAAUGUGCUCAACAAAGCCGCUGAUUUACAUAAUGUACUCUGGCUACAACGAAAAUUGCUGGAAGAUUCCGUUCAUCAUCUUAGCACAGGCUAUAAGUUUGAGAAAGAUCCCCUGAAUUCCAUGCAAAUCGGUUGCCGUGGCCAGUUUCCAAAUGUAACGCAAAUGUAUUGUUACUAUCAAAAUUCCAAGGAACCUUUCCUAAUAUUGGCACCGCUCAAAGUGGAAUUACUGAACACUGAACCUUACGUGGCGCUAUAUCACGAUGUCAUCUAUGAAAAUGAAAUUAAAAAACUGUUGAGCAUAGAUCUUGCCAGCAUGAGACACGAUCGAACUGCAGAUCAUAAAAACUCGGUUAAGUACACAACCGUGACAAGGGAACUGAAUGAUGUGCUCAAUCAUCGUGUUAUGGAUAUGACUGCCAUGAACGUGGCUUCCGAAAAGGACUUUCUGCUAAUCAACUAUGGCAUAGGUGGCCACAUAAGAGCACUCUCCGAGCAGCAGCCGCAACUGGGCAAUGUCAAGGCCUCCAUUAUAUUUUUCCUGAGUGAAGUGCCGCAAGGUGGUGACACUAUUUUGCCAGAACUGGAAAUUGCCAUCAAGUCAAAAAAAGGUGCUGCAUUAGUGACGCAUCAUUUGGACAAGCAGCUAAAAAUUGAUCUGAGCUCGGAUCAUUUGUCGUGCCCCGUCUUGGUGGGCUCCAUGUGGACUAUUAGUUUCUCAAUCUUGGUUUAUGGCACGCUUGCCAAUGGCCCGAAAAAUUACUCGACAGAGCUAUAUAGCAGCUCCAUUGUGGGUCUGUUAAAGCUGUUAGACAUUGAGGAUGAGUUUGUGGCUAAUCUGCAGGAAUAUGCAGAGGCCCUGGAGGAAAGCUUUUUAAAGACGCUAAAUCGUAAUGCUCUUCAGAGCACAAAAGAACAAGAAGAAUAUGUCUCAAAUCCGCUGAACGCAUUCGGACUUAUUCGUCGCAUACGUCAAGACUGGCGCGCAUUACAGGUCUUGAUGGAGGCCAAGGCAGGUGCAGCACAGCUGGCGGCUAUGACAGAGCUUUUGACCAAAGCGCCAACUGAGCAUGAUAUGGAAGAGUCGCUGGUGGGCAUAAAUCGCAUCGAGCUGACCUAUGACCUCAGUGCAAUUGACAUAGCAGAAGGACGCCUGCAGGGCAUACAAUUCAACCAUACGUUUUCCAUACGUGACUGUUUGGCCAUAGCUAAUCACAAUUAUGCCAACAAGAACUACGGCCGGGCUUUGAUCUGGUACCAUAUUGCAUUGAGGCGCGAUAACGAGCCGAAUUUUUUGGCCUACAAUAAAGUCUUGGGCAGGCCCCUAAUCGGUAUCCGUCGCAGAUUUGCCAGAGCGCGUCUAUUGCAAGGUAUGCCGUUUGUUGAGCCCACACUGAAUGAAACAGAAAUGCUGGAAAAAGUAAAUGGAAUAAUGAAGGCAACCAACUCAAGUCAAUUGGAUAACUUCGUAAAUGAACUUUUGGAGCAUGAAGACAUGGACAUUUUGGGGGUAAACCUACUAAAACCGAAGCCGACAGCCCAUUAUUUGGGCUGUCGUGGCCUUUUUCCCAAGCCCAAAAGUCUGAGUUGUCGCUACAACUCGACAACGACACCGUUCCUGCGACUAGCGCCACUCAAAUUGGAGGAGAUCAGCCACGAUCCAUAUAUAGUCAUGUAUCAUAAUGUGCUCUCCGAUAGCGAGAUCGAGGAGAUGAAGCAGCUAAGUGUGCUCAUGGAAAAUGGCCUAUCGGCUACCAAUAAGCCGAAUAAUACAGAGCCGCUCGACAUCGUAGCACGUGCUGGCUGGCUGGUGGAGGCGACACCGUUUCUGGAGCGCAUCAAUCGACGCAUCACAGACAUGACGGGCUUCGAUGUGCUAGAUAUGUGGGCAGUACUGUUGGCUAACUACGGCAUAGGCAACUACUUCAAGCCCCACUACGACUACAUGUACGGUGGGCGUGUGUCUGGUGAGGCCGUUGCCGAGCUGGGCGAACGUAUAGCCACUCUGAUAUUCUAUGCGAGCGAUGUCGCCCAAGGUGGGGCCACCAAUUUUCCCGACAUUCAAGUUGCAGUUCAGCCCCAAAAGGGCAACAGCCUGUUUUGGUAUAAUAUGUUUGAUGACGGCACACCCGAUCCACGUUCACUGCAUUCGAAACAAAAACCACGCUCGAAUAGUAGUAUCCGGCCAGAAAUGACGUGGUUUUCAACUUUGUUUUACACUUUUCUCAUAAUACGUGCUGCUUUUUGCACAGCAGAAAUGGAAAAUGAAAUGUUUCUAUACAGCACAUCUGUUGGGAGCAUGUCGAAGCUGGUGCAGCUGGAAAAUAAGCUGAUGAGUAGUUUGCAAGUUAUUGCCAAGGACAUGCAGCAAAAGCUAAAUAUGAUAAGGCUCUACCAGCAAUUGUUGAAGCGUUCAACCGAGGACAGCUCCGUGGGGCAAGAGGAAUAUGUGGCAAAUCCACUAAACGCGUUCGCACUGCUUCGAAGAUUGCAGCAGGAUUGGCCCAAAUGGCUGACAUACCUGAAGACUCAGCCCGAAAUAGUAGAGAUGCAGCAGCAGCUGCAGAAGGCGCCAAACGAGAAAGAUUUGCAGACAGCUAUUAAAGGCUUGCUACGCAUUGAGAGAAUCUAUGACCUGGAGGCAUCGCACAUGGCCAAGGGCCUGUUACUUGGCAACCAAUACGACUCAUUUCUGACUGCGCCCGACUGCGUAGCCUUGGCGGACAAUCUGUUUAAUCGCACGGAGUAUUCGAGAUCAACGCACUGGUACCGCACUGCAAUACGUCUGUACAAAAAGCCGCAUGGAAAACUGUUCGGCCGUGUGCUGGGCUUAAAGCGCAAGGUACUCAACAGAAAGUAUGCGCAGGCAAUUGUCUACGAGCCGGAUGUCUCACAGGAGCCGCAAGUGUCCGGUGUAGAGCCCGAAUGGAAGGAUAAUGUAGAUAAUGUCAUCAGGCAACUUGUCAGUCAGUCCAGUAGCGACAAAAUCCAAUAUAUGGUCAAUAAGUAUCUGGAAGUGAACGAGCAAAUUUUCAUUGAUCAGCGAGCUAAACACAAGGCAAAGCCCAAUGCGGUGGAGAAGGGCUGUCGUGGACUGUGGCCAAAGCGGCAGACCCUUCCAUUGACCUGUCGGUACGUUCAGCAGCACUCGGCCUAUCUCAGGCUGGCACCUCUGAAGAUGGAGAUCCUGAGUUUGCAGCCCCUAAUACAGCUAUAUCACGAUGUACUGCACGACUCCGAAAUCGAAGCUGUCAAAAAUGUGACAAAUCAUCGGGCAAUGGCUGAGAAUCUGGCCAGCACAGUAAAGUUGAUCACAUUGAGGGAUGCGCCACAUACACAAAACAUGCAUCGUAGAAUUACGGAUAUGUCUGGCCUGGAUAUGGCACAGAAUAAUACGCUGCAUUUGCUCAACUUUGGCCUGGGCGGUUAUCUGGGCAAACAGUUAAAGUUGCAAGGCAAUCGCAUAGCUACAGUCAUUUUCUACGCUAGCGAUGUUCAGCUCGGUGGCGCCACCAUAUUUCCAAGGCUGCAGCUCGUGGUGAAGCCAAAACGCGGCUCAGCCUUGUUGUGGUACAAUUUGAAUGCUGCUGGCAAACCGGAUCCGCUGACAAGGCAUGCCGUCUGUCCUGUAGUCGUGGGCUCCAGAUGGGCUAUAUCGAAGUGUAUAGAAGAUCAACAGCAGCUGCCCAAGAAGCUGUGCCUGGCCUGAAUAAUAUCGAGUUUUCGCUUAUAAGAUAAAAUGUUAAUAAACAGCUCAAUGCCAACAAAAGUGGAA